AACAAACUCGCCAGGCCCUUGCGAGCGCGCAUGCGCCGCACUUCCGGAAGUUAUUCCUGCGCUGCCGGAAAACGAUAAGGAACCCGGACGUAAACAUUACCGGGUCGCCGCGUUGCUGGCUGAUGGUUUUGGAGUACUCUGUGGCAGAGCUGGAGGAAGCCAGUUCAUCAUGUCGGCAGCAGCUGUGGAUACGGUUAAUGCCACACCCCUGUCAGGGUCAAAAGAGAUGAGUUUGGAGGAGCCAAAGAAGAUGACCCGGGAAGACUGGAGGAAAAAGAAGGAGCUAGAAGAACAGAGAAAGCUGGGCAAUGCUCCUGCAGAAGUUGAUGAGGAAGGAAAAGAUAUCAACCCUCAUAUCCCUCAGUAUAUUUCUUCGGUUCCAUGGUACAUUGACCCAUCCAAAAGACCCACUUUAAAGCAUCAGAGACCACAGCCAGAGAAACAGAAGCAAUUCAGUUCAUCUGGGGAAUGGUACAAGAGAGGCGUAAAGGAGAAUUCUAUAACUACCAAGUACCGCAAAGGGGCAUGUGAAAAUUGUGGGGCCAUGACACACAAGAAGAAAGAUUGCUUUGAGAGGCCCAGGCGGGUGGGAGCUAAAUUCACGGGUACCGACAUCGCUCCAGAUGAGCACAUCCAGCCCCAGCUGAUGUUCGACUAUGACGGGAAGAGAGACCGGUGGAAUGGCUACAAUCCAGAGGAGCACAUGAAAAUUGUUGAGGAGUACGCCAAGGUUGAUCUGGCAAAACGAACAUUGAAAGCUCAGAAACUCCAAGAAGAAUUAGCUUCUGGAAAAUUAGUGGAACAAGCCAAUUCUCCAAAACACCAGUGGGGAGAAGAGGAACCUAAUUCUCAGAUGGAAAAGGAUCAUAACAGUGAAGAUGAGGAUGAGGACAAAUAUGCAGAUGAUAUUGACAUGCCAGGGCAGAAUUUCGACUCUAAGAGACGCAUUACUGUUCGGAAUCUCAGGAUUCGUGAAGAUAUUGCAAAAUAUUUGAGAAAUUUAGAUCCAAAUUCUGCCUACUAUGAUCCAAAAACUAGAGCAAUGAGAGAGAAUCCUUACGCCAAUGCAGGAAAGAAUCCAGAUGAAGUGAGUUACGCUGGAGACAACUUUGUUCGAUACACAGGAGAUACCAUUUCAAUGGCUCAAACACAGCUGUUUGCUUGGGAAGCCUACGACAAGGGAUCUGAAGUACAUCUCCAGGCAGACCCAACAAAACUAGAGCUGCUGUAUAAGUCCUUCAAAGUUAAAAAAGAAGACUUCAAAGAACAGCAGAAAGAAAGCAUCCUGGAAAAGUACGGUGGCCAAGAACACUUGGAUGCUCCCCCAGCUGAGCUGCUGUUAGCCCAGACAGAAGACUAUGUGGAGUACUCCAGGCAUGGGACAGUCAUUAAAGGCCAGGAGCGGGCAGUCGCCUGCUCCAAGUACGAGGAGGAUGUGAAGAUCAAUAACCACACGCACAUCUGGGGAUCUUACUGGAAAGAAGGCCGCUGGGGAUACAAAUGCUGUCACUCUUUUUUCAAGUAUUCCUAUUGUACUGGAGAAGCCGGGAAGGAGAGUAGUAACUCAGAGGAAUGUAUUACAAAUGAUGCAACUGGAGAAGAGUCUGUGAAGAAACCGCAAACCCUCAUGGAGCUACAUCAGGAGAAACUGAAAGAAGAGAAGAAGAAGAAAAAGAAGAAGAAGAAACACCGAAAGAGCAGUUCUGACAGUGAUGAUGAGGACAGGAAACAGGAGAAACUGAAAAAGGCACUGAAUGCUGAGGAGGCUCGCCUCCUUCAUGUAAAGGAGAUCAUGCAGAUUGAUGAGCGGAAGCGGCCUUACAAUAGCAUAUAUGAAACCCGGGAGCCCACUGAAGAGGAAAUGGAGGCCUACAGGAUGAAACGGCAGAGGCCAGAUGACCCCAUGGCCUCUUUCCUGGGACAGUAGUAACUAGUUAGGAUUGGGCACAUAUGCAGCAUGUUCUCUUCAGCUCCUUGCUAACUAUAGACAGAAAAUCAUCGUCUAUCCUUUUUGCUGCCUGACAAUAAAUCUUUCUGGAGUCUCAAAAUCAUUCUUCUCCACAGUCAAGACACAAAGCAAGCAAGCAAGAGCACACAGUUGUGGUUAAGGUUAAAAUCAUCUAUCAUAGGGCUAGAGAGAUGGCUCAGAGGUUAGGAGCACUGGCUAUUCUUCCAAAGGUUCUGAGUUCAAUUCCCAGCAACAACAUGGCAGCUCAUAAACCAUCUAUAGUGAGAUGUGGUGCCCUCUUCUGGUCUCGUGUAUAUAGCAGCACACGUGUAUGUUCUCUCAAAGCCAAAGCUCCAUUCUUAAAUCACGGGCAGUUCCUGAAAUUACAUCACUAGUAAUUUAACACCAUAAUUUGCAGUUAUAUUAGAGCAUUUGGUUUUGCCUUCUAAGAUUUUCUUGGUUUUAAACAACAAAUAUUCUACCAUCAUCUGCAUUGCCGGAAGAAAAUCUACAGGGCAUGUAAAUAACUAUGUCCCACGUAAUCCAAGUAAUAAAUCUAUUUUUCAUUUGGUUUUUAGACAUUGGAUUUUCAUGUGUUUCCUUCAUAUCUUACAUCUUUUAAUGGUCAGCAUUGACUGCUUCACACUUAAGUUGCUUAACAUGAACAUUUAGACAGAAAUCCUUUCUGUGGUAGAGGAUAUGGUUUUUUGCUACUGUAUGUCAUUUAAUUCUGGUCUUUGUAACAGUUACAAAAGAUCUGAGACAUCUGCAUACCCAGCAGGUGCCACUUGAUAAAAUCUGAAAAACAGAAAAACCUGAAACUGAAGAUUCUUCUGACAUGUCUUAAGGGUGGCUUCCUUGUAUAUUCAUAGCUGAUACUGCUGUGGUCUUCAGUCAUCCUUACCCAAAAGCAUGGCAAAGACAAUGCUGACACAGUAAGAUUAUGAGAACAUGGUCUGAGUACUCAACAGAUGUGUUCCAAACUGACUUCAAGGAUGCACCUCACACACGGAAGAAAAGCAUCUUACUCAAAUUACCAAAUACCUGUCUAUACAUGUCAGUAUUCAGACUGAGAUUAAAACCGCAAUGCAGGCCUGGAGGAUUAGCUCAGUCUGAGAAGGCCUUGCUUUGCAAACAUGUUAUGAGUUUGAGCUCCACGGUUAAAGAGAAAGAAAGGCCAGCCAGAUGCGGUGGUGUGUGCUUGUAAUCCCUGCCCUGGGGAGGCAGAGACAAGUACCUGAGGCUCAAAGACCAGCUAGCUCAGCCAAAUCUGCAAGUGCCAGGCCAGAGAGCAGCACCUGAGGAACAAGUUGUUCUCUGACCUCUACGCAUAAGUGAUGCUUGUACCCACACCCCCACACAAAAUUAUAAUGCAAAUAGAUUCCUGAUCAUGAAGGCCAAAAUUGUGUUGUUCUAGCCAUAACAUAGGCACCAAAACCCAAAGUCAGCUAAUGGUGUCUUAUUUUGUGCACUAUCUUUUUAAUAAAGAUGUAAUUGAGAGUA